AUGCCCAGAGAUAACCCCGCUGGUAAAACAAGCGUGUUCUGGGACGUGGACGAUUUCCCAGUCCCCGAUGGUCGCAAGAUUCGUGACAUUGUCGAAGAUACUCUAAGGAACAAGGGUUAUACGGGUGAGGUGUCAAUCACGGCUUAUGGUGCCAAGGAUCCGUUCUCGCCUGAAGAAACCGCCGAGGCUCGACUCACCUUCGUAGAGAGAAUUGAUAAGUACUGGAGACUUCAUAAGAUGUUCGUAGACAUUGCUUGGUGGACUACGGAAGCUCCCCGCCCCUGUUUUACCGGAUCAAAUGUGAUGGUAGUCGCAAAAAACAUCAAGGCAGAUACGGAGUUCGUCUCUUUUCUUCGUGGUCUAUAUUUCGGUUUAGGUUUCAAUGUUCUCUUGGUGGUGCCUGAUGAUUGCGAACCAGAACAAGUGCCACUUCCUCGUGUGAGGCUAAUAUGGUACUGGAAAAGCUUUGUACAAGGAGGAGAACCUCUCCCCAGAGCCGAAUUAGAAGCCCUAGUAGCUCGAGGAAAAGACGCCUUGUUCUUCGUAGAGCCAGACGAAGACGAUUGA